CCGAUCCAUCUUAUCCUCUCAGCUCCUCGGUAGAAACCGGUUGCCCGCUGGCUCCUGCAACGUUGGACCGAAUAAAGGAAGGAGAAUAUAUUCAAGACCUCGUCUGACCAACUACACACAUCCUCGCCGAUGGAUUUACACUUCGGCUUUCGCUUUUGCUCCUGACUAACGUUUCUUCGGAGGAAGUGAUUUUUUUGAUUCACCUUUGAGAGCGAUAAUGGGCAGCUCUCUAUCUAAAGGAAAGUUAUCCUCAAAGCCAGGAGAACUCGGACCUCACCAGCCUCCGCUGGCCGAAGCGCCGCCAGACGGACCUGAAAAGGCUCUGCUGGCUGAAGUACCCGAAGGUUUUGUGGAUUCUAGACCUGAAGAGGAGGAGGACAAAUGCUUUGAGGAGGAUGAGAAAGAAAAUGAACGACCCUCACUCUCUGAGGAACAUCCUACAAAAGAGGCUGCAUGGUCUCAGUUGGCCUCCGACACAACGGGAGGCCGAAGCGGUGAAGACGUUGAAGACGCGGAGGUCAAUGCGAUGCCCCGGGAAAUCCUCAACGACCUUGUGAAAACAGAUGAGAUCCAUACGUCUGAGAAGAGAAAGAAAAGUAAAGGCAAGAGAAGGUCUGCCAAGAUCCAGAGGAUAUCUUCUGUUGCUCAGACAAAGGUGGACUUCCCGCCGCACGUGGUGAGGGCGCACCAGGCCGCCUACGGCUUUCUCAACCCCAACAUCUCAAAGUACGAAGCUCUGUUGGACCUGCUGGACCAGGCCGCGCAGACGCAGCUGUCCCUCCAGCCCGCCAUGUCCGCUCUGGUCUUCCGCUUCGAGGAGAUCAACCAGGCUCUCGAGGAGAUGGCCGAGGAGGGCGAGCUCAUGACGAAGGAGCAUUGGGACCGCGUGACCUUGCCGUCUGGGAUGAUGGGCCCAGCCGGUAUGCCAGCUAAACCCGGGAGUGACUCGGCUAACCCCGCUCACCCGCCCCCCGAUCAGUUACGGCAACUGCUCCAGCAGUCGAUGGAGAAAAUGAGACAGGUGGGCGGGUCCGCGCAGGCGCUGGGCGACGCCACCCUCGAGGAGGCCGCGGGGUACUUCUCUUCUCUUUCGAAAGUGAUGGUGGAGAAGCUGCGGGCCAAGCAGGCGGCGGAGGAGAGGCUGACUCUGGUGCUGGCGCGGGUGGAGAAGGCCGCUGCGAGAAACUCUCACCCCGAGGAUACGGCGCUGCACAGCGAGGACAGCGGCAUCGGCGGAGAAAACGAGAGUCUGGCGGGGUCGGAGAGGCACCGACGCCACCGCGGGAGCGCCGGAUCGGGGAGCGCCGGAUCGGGAAGCAACGCGCAUCGCGCCGCAGUUGAUACGCCGCCCGGUAAUUUACUCAGCCUUGUAGGCUACCAUGAAGAUGAUGAAGAGAACUGGGAGGAGGAGGAGGAAGAGGACGAUGAGGAGGACGACGAUGAUGAGGAUGAUGAUGAAGGUGACGGGCCUCAAAGGAAGAGGUCGAACUCUUCCCCACCGGACCUCAGUCAGCCUUUUAUCUUCAUGUGUGCCAACCACAUGCAGGGUCGGCAGGCGGCAGUGAAGAGACCCCUGAGCGCCGUCGCCGCGACCAAACACUCUUCAUCCAGCAGGUGUAUGAACGUUGUGAUGGAGCUAGAAAAGAGCCAGAGGAACUUGGAUCAACGAAUUAAAAAGAUGGCGGAAAUGCGAGGAAAGAACGAGUUAGCGGGGCCUCAUUACAACCUGUAUAGAGCUGGUCUACGGCGGCAUUCGGUGAGUGGAUCGUCGGGUGCACACAAAAACCGAAUGAGCCAAUCACCUGGUGGCGUACCGGCGUUGGCACCCCAUCCCCCCAAGCACCAGUCGGUCAGAAGGCUGAUUAACACCUUUAGCCAAGGGGUGGAUGGGAGACCAGGGCAGAGCCUCGCUAAUAUCCCACCUCACAUCAGGAGGCCCAGAAGAAGUGGGAUCAUUCGGCCCUCUGACACAGUAAAUGGCAAUGAGGGUGAGGGGGGGAUGGUGAACAAUGGCAAUAACAACAACAACAGCUGGCCCGAAAGCAAGGAUGGCCUCGACGUCGACAGCCUACCGCCGCCGCCCCCGGAGGUUCUGAUGGACAACUCCUUCCAGAGAAUCGAGGGCACGUCGGGAAACAAGGAAAAGUCGCGGGGGGAAUCGGCUCUGAGUCUGCCGUCCAUAAAACAAAAGGCCGGAGUUUCCCAGCGUCUCAAAGCCUCCGUGCGGAACGUGGACGUGCUGCCAAAUCGAGCCGGCGUGAAGCCGAGAUCCGAGCGGCGACCGGGAAGUGAUCCGGAUCCGGAAGUAGAGAAGGCUAACAGUCUCUUCCGGCAGACGCGUAAGAUCAUCCAACUGAGCAAUGCGGGAGAAUCUCUUGACAAGAGAGACAUCGCAGAAUUCAGAGGCAGGAGACCGUCGCCCCUUCAAGCCAGAGUCGGUCGCAGAGGUGGGAGGAAUGAAUUCUACGAGGGCGAGACGCCCCCUUACAGCCUGCCGGUGACGGCGCCGCCUGUCUCCAGAGUCUGCCUGCCGCCCUCUUGUCCCUCUGUGUUCCACAGAUAUCCGAGCCCGCCGGCGUUCGGACCUCGAUCCGGCUCCCGGACCUCGUCCCGGCCGAGUUCUCCGAAGACGGUGACGCGCGAAAUGGACAUCGACACCGAAGAGAUCGUUCCGUCCGUGUCUUUUCGCGACGCCCGCUCAGUGUUCUGCCGACGAGACUCGGAAAACUCUCAAACCGCGCUUGCCAAGCCGUGGGGCGAGGCCUACCGGGGCAGGCUUCUCACGAAAGGGGUAGACGGCUCGACCCGCCGCACCCAAUCAGAACAGAGGCCCGGCACUUCGCGUUCAGAGUUCUCCAAAGAUGGCGGUUCAGCCUCUACCCCGGUUGAGGGCAGUGAGCCUCUCACCACAGAAUAAAGGCCGAGCAGGCCCUCGAUGACGGGGGGGAGGAAACCGCCAGUUGGAUCAAAGCGCCGCCGUGACAACGGUCUGGAGAACAGCUGUGAUUGGCCGGGGGUUCGCUUAAGUGAAAUAGAUGGGAAAGGGAUUGGAAAAAAGGGAUUAUGGAUUAGCGGGAUUCUGAGGAGCAUUCUCAGACCCUCGUUCUCUUUCCUUCCCCCGAUGAGAGGCUCGUGGGUGUUAGAUACGUUCAUAACGUGAAUUAAAGCGGGAGUUACGGUCUCGAACACGUCUUUCUGACACGACUUGUGAAAAAUGUGUCCGUGUCAGUUUCUAAAAGGUCUUUCCUUAAUCAUAAUCAAUAUGUUAAAUCAAAAAAAAUCUACCUUGAAUUUGUUUGAAAUUAAAAGAUAUACGAGUGUAUUAUACUGUUGACGCUCCAGUCCCAGAGAUGGGAGAAGAAGUCGGUGUUUGGGGUUGUUUUAUAGCUGCUGUACCAAAAGAAAAGAGCCGUAAGUGUGCGUGAUGCUCAGAUGCACUCGAGUGUUUUUGUAUGUAUUUAUUGUGUGUGUCUGUACUAGCUUCCCAUUUGUGGUGACCAUGUUUUCUACCUCGACUGUGUUCCAAUAAAAGAGACAAAUAUC